UUCAUCUGCAAACCUACAAAACAACCAUUACAUCAACCCACCUUAGAUUCAUUCUUUCUUCCUUAGCUUCACAAUAUCUUCUGUUUCUGUUGUAAUAGAUAGAUAGACAAGUGCCUGUCUGCAUUCACGUGGGGCCUGUGUUCUUUUCUGACCCCACAAUUUUCAUGAAUUUGAUAAUAUCGUAAACUCCAUCCUUUUUAUUUUUUCCUUCUCCUCCUCCUUCCACCGUCACCCUCCAAAUCUCUCUCUUUCUCUCUCAAAGAAUCCAAUGAAAUGCUUGUGUAAAUGUAAUAACAAAAGGGCAACUGGGUAACCACUGUAAAAAUAAGGAAGCAUGUUUCUUUGAUAAUUCUCUCUGAAACAAGAACCUCUCUCUAUCUCUCUCUCUCUCUCUCUGUGUUUGUGUUUCUCUUUUCACUCUUAAUCAUGGACUCAAGAAUUGUUCUUGAUCAUGUUCUGUUCCAGCUCACUCCCACGAGAACCAGAUGUGAUCUGGUGAUUUUUGCUGGUGGUGCGAGUGAGAAAUUGGCAUCUGGGCUCCUAGAGCCAUUCGUUAUUCAUUUAAAAACUGCUAAAGAUCAGAUAUCCAAAGGUGGCUACUCCAUCUCGCUUCGUCCUGUCCUUGCAAAUGCCCACUGGUUCACUAAGGCCACCCUCCAGAGUUUCGUAAGAUUUGUUAGCACGCCAGAAGUUCUUGAGAGAUUUGUGACAAUAGAGAAAGAGUUAGAGCAGAUUGAGAGUUCAGUUCAAUCGAAUGAACUGCCAAACACAGAUGUCGAAGGCUUUGUCGGAAGUUUCCAAAAGUCAUCUGUCUCAUCUAAGUCUAAAGGAGAUUAUGAUGGAGCUGGUGAUGCUAAACAGGAAGACAAUUCCAAGGUUCGACUUCAACGUGCUUUGGAAACUAGAAAAGCUGUGCUUCGCAAAGAGCAAGCAAUGGCGUAUGCCCGGGCUUUGGUUACUGGAUUUGAUCUGGACUGUAUAAAUGAUCUUAUCUCCUUUUCUGAUGCUUUUGGAGCUUCACGUUUAAGGGAAGCAUGCUUUAAUUUUGUGGAAUUAUGCAAGAAAAAGAAUCAAGAUCGGCUUUGGAUGGACGAAAUUGCAGCAAUGCAAGCAUCUAGAGUGGAGUUACCUUUUCUCGGGUCUUCUGGAAUAGUGUUAGCCAGUGAAGAGAAUUAUCCUAGCCAAAUCAGUGGUCUCUCUGGUGGGAAACAGAACGGCUCCAUAGACGCAUCAGUGUCUGACUCAAGUCUUGGAAGUGUGGAUCUAAACCAAGAAAGUAGUUUGCCAACAUCAGCCUCUGUGCAAUCAACAGAUGGCAAAGCUCAUGUGCCGAUGGCAUGGCCAAACCAUCUUCCUCAAUACAUGCACAAUUUUCCAGGACCUGUAUUUCAACAAAUGCCGCCAUAUCAAGGCUACCUUUUUCCUGGUAUGCAAGUUGCCCCUCCAUAUUUUCCAGGGAAUAUGCAAUGGCCUCCAAAAGUGGAUGAUUCUAGCCUCGGGCAUGACUGGGAACCAGAUGGUCGUAAAAAGCAUAAAUCAUCUUCUAGGAAUAAAAAGUCUUCACAUUCAAAAGGAAUGGAUUCCAACCAAGAUGAUUCCAGUGAACCUAGUUAUUCUAGCUCGGAGACAGAAUCGGAUGAGGAUUUGCAGAAUGGCGAAAAGCAGUCUUCAGUUGAGCAGGUACAGAGAAAGAAGCAUGGGAAGAAGUCCUCAAGAAAGGUUGUCAUCCGCAACAUUAAUUACAUUACCUCUAAGAGAGAUGGGGAAAAGGACAGCAUGUCGGAUGAGACAUCUGAUGAGGAUGAAUUCAUUGAUGGAGAAGCUCUCAAGCAGCAGGUGGAGGAAGCUGUUGGUUCAUUGGAAAGACGACAUAAAUCAACCUCUCGUCAUAAUAAGAAAUCAAAUCGGAGAACUACAGAUAAUUCAAAUGAUGAAGAUAAGCAGAAAGUAGCCCCCGAUAAUCCUGAGGGACUAAAAGGAAAUCAACAGUGGGGUGCUUUUCAGAACCUUCUCUUGAAGGAUAAGGAUUUAGACUCCUUUGAAACUGAUCCACAUCCUUUACAGGUUCAACAGUACUCUAUAGCCAAAAGCUCCGAGGAGGGAAUAUCUUUGGCAUUUAACCUGGAAUCUGAGAAAACAUCAAAGCAAAGAGCCAUUUCAAGUGAUUCCUUUGUUGCAGCCAAGAGGGAAACAUUUAGCGAUGAUCAAUUUCGCAUUGGAAACUUUGAAGCUGGUGAAAAUCUCAAGCCAAUGACAAAGCAAAGGGAUGGCACACAUGAGGAGAUGUUAUUUUCUCAAAGAACUGAUGAACCGUGGAACCAUCCCCAAACUACUGUUUCUGAUCAUUCCACUGAAUCUCUGAUGAUCAGAAGUCAGAAAGCAGGAGAUUGGUUUAUCAGCAACCAGCUGGAUAAGCCAACAAACAAGGAUGAAAAUAUGAAUCUUAGAACAUUUGAUGGUGAUUAUGCUUCAUCAAUAGCUGAUGAUCAUUUUCGCUGUGAGAAAAAUAAGAAAGAUGUUCUAGUUGAUGACUCGCUGAUGAUCCAAGCUAAACCAUUUAUAGAUGAUCAGUCUGUAUCUAUAUUAAGAACGGAUAUAAGCAUGGCAGCUGAUAUAAUUGAAGCUACUAAAAGUGAGAAUGCCACAUCUGAAAUCAGUCAUAAUAAGGGUGACGCAAAUGGUACCCAUGAACCAGAAGAUCUUUACAUGGUGCUUGGGAGAGAUUCAGCUGCUGAGAAUGCUAUUUCAUCUUGGAAUCCAGAAAUGGAUUAUGAGAAUGACCUAUCUGCUGAAGCCAAUAUAAAACAAUCUGGUACUGAAACAAAUGGUGCCGAAGAUAAGCUUCCGUCUAAUGGUAAGGGCACUAAUGGCAAACCUGGUGGAAAUGCUGGAAGAAAGAUUCCUGGGGAAGGAGCGAGGUCAAAAGUUUCAAAUGCAUCUGGGAAGAGCAAAUCCUCCUUAAUGUCGAGGACCACGAAACCAGCUCCUGGAGGCGUAACCAAAGUUCAGAGAGGCAAAUCUGACAAGGAUGAAGAGAACAGAAAGAGAAAGGAAGAAUUAUUGCUUCAACGCCAGAGGAGAAUCGCAGAAAGGAGUGCUGCUGCCAAUGGUCCUGCGACAUCCAAGAGAAUGCCAGUGAAAAGAACAUCUUCCUUAAAGAAUGAGGAGUCCAAAACACAGCCUCCAAGCCAAGAGACUAAGAAGACAGUGUUUAGGAGUUCCACCAUUGAUCGCCUUGCCGCUUCUCGAACUACGCCAAAGCUGGAAUCAGCUCAAGCAAAACCUGCCCAGCUGAAAAAAGCAUCCGUGAAGGCUAAUGGUUUACCACAGAAGGCGGCUGGGUCUGACAAGAAAUCGAGCCCAAACACAGUGAAACCUGAUGUUCCACAAAAGAAAGAAAGCAAGGUAACUGCAGAAGAGGAGCUGAAAAAGGUAGCAGCCACCGAUAGCAUAGACCAAUUCAAAGACAUGGAGUUGCACAGCAUUGCUUCAAUAGAGAAAAAUGAAGGGAAUGUGCUUACACAAACAGUUGCUUCAAAUGAUAAGGGCUUCAAUGGCGACUUGCCCCACAUCAACUCGUCUGCAGAACUGGAUCACUUAAAAGAUAAUGAUGAGGGAUUAUCUAUAGCAGCAGCUCCAAUUCUUUCUGAAAACAUCAAAACUUCUGAUGAACAUGAUCAGUACACUUCUGAAAUGACAAAACAUCCGCUGCCAGAAUCACCAAACAAGGAUUUAAACCAUUCUGAUGAAAAUGUCAGAGAGAAUGGUAUGAGAACUGAAAAUCUCCCUUCACCCACAAAAUCCGAGAUACAAAUAUCAACCCCACCGCCUGCCGAAAUAAGCCCGGAACCAGUCCACUCCAGAAAGAAGUGGAACAGUGAUGAAACCUCUCCAAAAGCUGCUAAAGGCUUCAGAAAGCUGCUUCUUUUCGGAAGGAAAAGCCGAACCUCUUCUACCAAUUGAUCUCAUGCAUGCUGAGUGACUGUCAAGUAAACAAAUAACAGGAGAAAAAUGAAAAAAAAAAAGAAUUGAAAGCUGGUACACAUAAUAAGGCCUUUGGUGUUGAUGCCAAUAUGAGAAGCAGCAGGGUUUGUAAUUUGUCAGGAUUUGAUACUGCAUAGUGUGAGAGUAAAGAAAUUUAAGUUUUUUAUUGGUAUGAUUUUUGUUAUCUGUUUGAAAACUUUGCAAUCUAUACUCAAAAUUCAAAAUUCUGGUUGUAUGUAUUCCAAAAUCCUGUAAUUAGUUAUUGUUGCAUUCAAUUCUUUCAUUGUUAUCUAUUCAAGAAUGAAGAGUAAAGUUUUUAGAA